UCCCCCUCCCCUCCCUCUUCCCCUUCUCUCCCCCCCUCCCUUUCUCCCCCAGGCUGUGGUGAGCUGGUGUGGCUGGGUGAGCCGGAGAGUCACCGGAAGGCAGACAGCAUCUCUGGGAAGUACGGUGUGUGGAUGCAGGACCCCGAGCCGGUGCCCCUCUACGGACCCGAGAUGACGUGGCGCCUGGACGCGGUGGGCAGCGCGGUGCGGCAGCUCUUCGGCUAUGAGGACCUCAAGCAGCUCUCCCGCGGCUUCCCCAGCAAGGUGCUCCUGCUGCCCGAGUCCGUGGAGAGCACCGGGGCCGUAGUGUACCGGGGCUCACUCUACUACCAGCGCCGCAAAUCCCGCACCCUCCUCCGCUACGACCUGCGCACGGAGAGCGUGGCCGCCCGCAGGGAGCUACCCCAUGCCGGCUUCCACGGGCAGUACCCCUACUCCUGGGGCGGCUACACCGACAUCGACCUGGCCGUGGAUGAGACGGGGCUCUGGGCCAUUUACAGCACCAGCAAGGCCAAGGGUGCCAUCGUGCUGUCCCGGCUGGAUCCUGACAGCCUGGAGGUGCUGCACAGCUGGGAGACCAGCGUGCGCAAGCAGUCCGUCGCCAACGCCUUCGUGAUCUGCGGCACGCUCUACACCGUGGCCAGCUACACCAUGCCCAACACCACGGUGAACUACAGCUACAGCACGGAGAGCGGGCACGGCCGGGCGCUCAGCAUCCCCUUCCUGAACCGCUACCGUUACAACAGCAUGAUCGACUACAACCCGGCCCGCAGGCAGCUCUUCUCCUGGGACAACUACCACAUGGUGACCUACGACGUGCGGCUCGGCACGGUGUGAGAGCCCUGCCCCUCACACCCGACCCCCGACCCCACUCCCUCACACCCGAACCCCGACCCCACUCCCUCACACCCGAACCCCGACCCCACUCCCACGCACCCGAACCCCGACCCCACUCCCUCACACCCGAACCCCGACCCCACUCCCACGCACCCGAACCCCGACCCCACUCCCUCGCACCCGAACCCCGACCCCACUCCCACGUACCCGACCCCACUCCCACGUACCCGACCCCACUCCCUCACACCCAAACCCCGACCCCACUCCCACGCACCCGACCCCACUCCCUCACACCCUCACCCCGACCCCACUCCCUCACACCCGAACCCCGACCCCACUCCCUCGCACCCGAACCCCGACCCCACUCCCACGUACCCGACCCCACUCCCACGUACCCGACCCCACUCCCUCACACCCAAACCCCGACCCCACUCCCUCACACCCAAACCCCGACCCCACUCCCUCGCACCCGACCCCACUCCCUCACACCCUUGUUUUCUAGCUGGUCGGAUGGUAGGGCAGGUUUGGCUCCGAGCCGAGUCAGGACUCUUUGAAGGGGAUUGAAAAGCAAAGUGAAUCUGUUUUGUUGUAUAAUUUGUGUUGUUGUUUAGUUGUGUGUGCUGGGAGCAGCGCAGUGUGUUUAUGUUAUGCUACUCUAAGCCGUGGCAGAGGGUUAUAUCAAUGUAUUUAAUACUGUUAUGUUUUGACAUCUAGAAAUACUCACAGGCAAACAUUUUCACUAAAAGUCCUUUCCCGAUGCCACCAAGUUAAAGAAUCACCAAACCUACAAAUCUUAAUGAAUUUAUUUUCUAAUAUACAUAUAUACACAUACAUAUAUAAAUAUACACAAACAUAUACAUAUAUAUACAUACAUAUACACACAGACUUUCAACUGCUUCCUGUUUGCUGUAAAUGAAUACUGGAUUAAGUAAAUAAAUAAACAAACACGACUA